AUGUCAGGGCUCACUAUUGGGCUCAUGGGGCUGGACCUCACCCAGCUCCGCAUUCUCGAAGCGUCGGGCACAGAAUCCGAGAAGCGGUAUGCGGCCAAGAUCAUACCCGUGGUAAGCAGGCAUCACCUGUGCCUCGUCACCCUCCUCCUCGCCAACGCGAUGGCCAUGGAGGCACUUCCCAUCUUUCUCGAUCGGUUGACUUCGCCCUUCCUCGCCAUCAUCAUGUCCGUCACGUUGGUCCUCCUCUUUGGCGAAAUCAUUCCGCAGGCUCUGUGCUCCCGGUAUAGCCUGGCCAUCGGGGCACACCUCUCAGGGCUGGUCAAGUUUUUGAUGGCGGCGUUCUUCAUCGUCGGGUUCCCCAUCAGCAAGCUCCUGGACUGGCUCUUGGGGGACGAGCACGCCACCUACCUGCGCCGCGCACAGCUGAAGGAGCUGGUGCGGAUGCACGGAGAAAAGCACGCCCUCGACGAGGAGGAGUCAACCAUCAUCAUGGGUGCUCUCGAGAUGAUCGAGAAGAAGGCCGAGGACGCCAUGACGCCCAUUGAAAAUGCCUUCAUGCUCGAAGAGACCACCCUUCUCGACCCUGACACCAUCAAGCAGGUGAUCAACACGGGGCAUUCACGCGUACCCGUCUACCGGGAGGACAUCCAGCAGGUCGUCGGUCUCUUGCUCACGCGCAGGCUGGUCGGGGUGGAUGGCAACGCGGAGAAGCGCGUGUGCCAGCUGCCGUUGGUCGACAUGCCGCUGGUGCACGCGGACACCCCGCUCUACGACAUCCUCAACCAGUUCAAGAGCGGCAAGAGCCACAUGGCCAUGGUGGCCAGCAUCGACAGCCAAGACCUGAUCGGCAUCAUCACCCUCGAGGACGUUUUCGAGGAACUCAUUCAGGGAGAGAUUGUGGACGAAACAGACGUCUAUGUGGACCACAAGAAGCUACAACUCGCCCACAUGCUGCGCUCUUUGGACGCUCCCCUUCAACGUGCCAUUCGUACCAGCAUCGAAAUGGAACGCCGCGCCUCCCUCGACCGUCGUGAGAGGUGUGUCCUUUAG